AUGGUCCCGGGGCAGCCGGUCCCGGGGCAGCCGGGCCCCCCCGGUGCCACGGAGCAUCCCGCUGAUGUGCGAGGCCAGCCCAGCCCCCAGGCGGGGCGGGCAAGCGAUGGGUGGUGUGUGAUGGACCUGGCAGGAGCUUCCAAGGAUGGUUCUAAGGACAGAAGUGAAGAGCAGCCGGGUCAGCGCGCUGAGAGCUGCGGUUUGGACCGUGAGGAGUGGGAAGUUGUUCCUGAGCACCUGGCCUGGGAGGAGGCUGGCAAGCAUGGCAGUGUGGAAGACUCUGACAGCAAGGAAUGGGAACAAGGAGACUGCCCUGAUGGGGACUCCAAAGCAAAGAGGGUUGCAGCUGUGCCCCCCAUGUUUCAAAAUAUCCACGUGACUUUCCGUGUCCACUACAUCACACACUCUGAUGCUCAGCAGCUCGGUGUUACUGGGGACCACGAGUGUCUGGGCCAGUGGCACAGCUACGUGCCUCUCAGAUAUGACAAGGAUGGCUUCUGGUCUGCAGCCAUUGUGCUGCCAGUAGACACCAAAGUAGAGUGGAAAUUUAUCUUGGUGGAGAAUGGGAAGGUGAGACGUUGGGAAGAAUGCAGUAAUAGGACCCUAGUGACUGAACAAGAAGAUCAAAUCGUUCAUCAGUGGUGGGGGCACAAUUAA